UGCCAAACUUCGAGACCAUGUCUACUCAGUCACGGUCGAGUUAUAUCAUCAUCACGUGGCACAACAUUUUUAUCCGGAAUUCUGCGGAGCGGGGCUUAAAGGCCUAAGUUUGCCUAGUAUUUUUCCUAACCUGUAA